AUGGCCCUAGCACGUGGAUCCAUCCUCACUCGAUCAGUCUGGUCCUCGAAUCUCGAAUCGGAGUUCGAGUUAAUUCGAUCCGUCAUCGACACCUUCCCGCUCAUCUCGAUGGACACCGAGUUCCCCGGCGUCGUUGUGCGCCCCGACACUGGCGACCCCUCCUUCUACCACCGCGAACCAGCCGCACAUUAUGCCGUGCUUAAAGCCAACGUCGACCGCCUCCACCUGAUCCAGAUCGGUCUCACUCUAUCUGAUCAGGUCGGGAAUCUACCAACUCUCGGCACCUCCAACGCCUUCGUAUGGGAAUUCAAUUUCCGAGAUUUUGACGUUGCUCGUGACGCCCACGCUCACGAUUCCAUCGAGUUACUGCGGCGCCAGGGCAUCGACUUCGAGAAGAAUCGGGAGUUUGGGAUCGAUUCGGUCCGGUUCGCCGAGCUCAUGAUGUCCUCCGGUCUGGUCUGCGACGACGUCGUUAGCUGGGUGACGUUUCAUAGCGCCUAUGAUUUCGGAUAUCUGGUGAAAUUGUUGACACAGCGCACCUUGCCCGAUGGAUUGGCAGAAUUUCUCCGUCUGGUGAGGGUGUUUUUCGGUGAUAGAGUCUUUGAUGUGAAACAUUUGAUGAGGUUCUGCUCAAACCUUCAUGGUGGUUUGGAUCGAGUGUGCCAAUCACUGAAUGUGGAACGAGUUGUAGGGAAAAGCCACCAGGCCGGUUCAGAUAGUUUGCUAACCUUGCAUGCGUUUCAGAACAUUCGUGAGGUGUAUUUUGGCAAGGCUGAUGGACUUGUUCAAUAUGCAGGUGUCUUGUAUGGAUUGGAGAUUUUCUAA